AUGUCGACAUCGAAUUGCAGGUUUUAUGAGAACAAGUACCCAGAAGUGGACGAUGUGGUGAUGGUUAACGUUCAGCAGAUUGCGGAAAUGGGUGCAUAUGUUAGAUUGUUGGAAUACGAUAACAUUGAGGGUAUGGUUUUGUUGUCUGAGUUGUCGAGAAGACGUAUUAGAAGUAUCCAAAAGUUGAUUCGUGUGGGUAAGAACGAAGUUGUUGUUGUGUUGAGAGUUGACAAGGAGAAGGGUUACAUUGACUUGUCUAAGCGUCGUGUUUCAGCUGAGGAUGUGAUCAAGUGUGAGGAGCGUUACCAAAAGUCUAAGGCAGUGCACUCUAUUUUGAGACAAUGUGCUGAGAAGUACCAGGUUUCGUUGGAGGAUUUGUACAAGGCAUACGCAUGGCCUUUGAGUCGAAAGUAUGGACACGCAUACGAUGCUUACAAGAUGUCUAUUGUGGAUCCUAAUGUGUGGGAUGGGAUUGAGUCUAUAAGCGAUGAGAUUUUUGCUGAGUUGAAGGGCCAGAUCACGCGCCGGUUGACUCCGCAGGCGGUGAAGAUCCGUGCUGAUGUCGAGGUGUCUUGCUUCAGCUACGAGGGUAUCGAUGCUAUCAAGGAGGCUUUGAAGGCAGCUGAGGCGUUGUCUACUGAGCAGGCGCAGAUCAAGGUGAAGUUGGUUGCUGCUCCGUUGUAUGUGAUCACUACACAGUCUUUGGACAAGGAUCAAGGUAUUGCUUUGUUGGAGAGUGCGAUUGCGCGUAUUGAGGAGGUGACGUCGAAGUAUAACGGUGUUUGUAACGUGACGAUGGCUCCUAAGGCAGUUACUGCUACUGAAGAUGCCGAGUUGCAAGCUCUCUUGGAGUCGAAGGAGUUGGAGGGCAGAUCAGACUCUGAGGAGGAUGAGUCUGAUUACGAGUAA